AUGGCGCCGGACCCUGUCAAAACUAAACCGCAAGCAGGUGGCGGCGAAGGCCCGUCAAAGCUGUUGGACAUGUGCUGCGACGCGUUGCUGGAUCAGAUUGGCAGCGACGCUGAAAAGCUGACAGCGACAUUCUGCUAUGCUGGUGCUGUGGAGAUUCCGUCUGGUGGUUUGAAGAUAUUCUACGUGCAGUCCAAGAAUGGUAUGGGUCAACCCAAGAUGCUGGACGUUCCCCUUAAAGGAGGGAAGGAGGACGAAUUCCAAGACCUCAUGAGCGCCUGUGAGGAGGCAACCUUUGGAAGAAUGAAGGAGGAUGUUCUGGAUCCUUCAUACAGAACUGGCGACUUUUUCAAGAGCCACGUGGACACACCGCGCCGCGAGGACAUGUUCGGCUCGCUGGUGGUGUGCCUGCCGUUUGAGCACGAAGGCGGGGAGCUCCACAUCCGCCGCGGCAGCGUGACGUCAGUCAUUGACUGGAGCAGCAAAUCAGGGAGCGCGAUCCAAUGGGUCGCGCUCUACUCCGACUGUGAACACGAGGUGAAGGAGGUGACCCGCCACUACCGCGUCACGCUGACGUACAAUCUCUACGCGGACGCCCGCCCCGCGCCAGAGAGGCCGUUCGGACCAUCGUCGGACAUGCGCCACGUGCGCCUUUACCAGACGCUCCUGAAUUCUCUCAGUCAGCAGAGCUUCAUGUAUGACGGCGGCAGGCUGGGCUUUAUGUGCCAGCACCGCUACCCCCACACGAGCCACGCCUUCGCCGAGCGCCCCGCGCCGCUGCUGAAAGGCGCGGACGCCGUUCUCUUCGCGGAUGCGAAAACGCUCGGACUCCACGUCCGAUUCGUACACUUGUACAAGCUGGAGGGCGACACGGAAGGUGAGGAGGAACCGGAAACGGACGCCGAUUCGGACGGCGAAGAGGUGGCGCCUCGCAGGAUUCCGGCGACGUCGCAGACCGGAACGGGAGCGGACGUCGUUUCGCAAGAUGAAGAGCUGAAAGCGGACGGGUUCAAGGUCGUUAGGAAGACAAAAGGGGCGGUCACGCAGAGGCGCUUUACGAAGGGUCGCGUCACAGGCUACGGAAACGGGCUGAUCGACGUCUUGGCCCCGCUGUCUGGAUUGGAUUACACACAUCGGACCAACAUGGCCCACGCCCAUGAGUUCAGGUAUACGUUCACCUCGAUGACCGAGGAGCGUCAGAAAGAUAUCGAGUGGUGCAUCGGCCAUUCCAAAUUCUGGGAUGUGGGCAAGUUUGGGGUGGCGGAGGGAAAUGAGCCGAGCAUCAACUACUACUACUGCGCGGCGGCCAUGCUCGUAACCGUGCCAAAGUGGGGCGAAGAGCGCGAAAAGAUCUUUAGGCAGGUCGAGUAG